AUGCCCGCUCACAAGGGUAAGAAGCACUCCCUACGGGGAGCCAUAGUCGGGCUACUCAAGAGGACUCCGAUUCGAAAGCGGCAAGUCGAAGUCGAAGAACCCACGUCAAGCGCCCAAGCCACAUGCCCGCCACUUGAUGAAGCCCACGGCCUGGAGCAAUCUCCUCGCCCUAAGAACGACGAGCUUAAGCACGACGACCCUCAAUCCAACAGCGAUGAACAGCCCCCUUGCCCUAAAGACGACGAGGUGGAAGACGACAGCUCGAGAGGAAGACCCAGCUCAUUCACGCCUACCAGAGAACGGGCACCAACCCCUCACCCAAGUGCCUCCAAGCCUCAAAGCCCUACUGAGAAGACAGUCCAGUGGGCGAGCCAGCUGGAGGAGUCGACACCUCGGAAGAAAGCGUCGCCGAUCCUGAAGAGAGAAAAGACCGCGAAAGGAGGAGAAGAUUGUGACACGGAGGAGAAGAAUGAAGAAGGUGAGAAUUUCCAAGAGGAGGAGGCAAUCCCGAAGGAAGUCCCGACAACCGACGCGCGUCAACAACAACACUCAAACAUUCCCCGACCAAAGCCCAGGGGUUUGGAGUCGAGCACCUCGACAUCGUAUCUCUCUAGGCUACGCUCUCAAACCAUGAUCAGGGCAAGAGCAUCGACGAAUCCAAUCCGACAGGCUCCCGAACGUCCGCUCAGCUCGUUGCGCAUCCCAAAGGACAAGGACUCCCUCUUCCUUGACAAGACCACAACCAUCCCUUCAUCAGUGAGUGUUCCUCAUAGACUUCCAACAUGUAAUCAGAACAUAACUAACCACGAUCAGGUAUCAGGUGACGACAAGGAUCAAACCAAAGCAGACCAACAGGUCAAGGCCAACAUUUCCCGUAGGAGAGAGACCGCUCAGACCGAGUCUGCCCAGCAAAAGCCCCAACCAAGCCGCGGUAAAACAUCACAGAAGUAUUCGCGCAACUUUUCAUACCCCACGUGCAUCACAACAGGCCCGCGUAGCGCUGCUCGCCAACACGACCAGUCCAACAUCACCAAUGAAAAGCCUUUGCCACCCCCAACAACAUCAUUCCUGAAAGCUAAACCGAGACGCUUUGCGUCCUCCUCUUCCGCUAAAUCCAAGCCAGCUUCAACUGACGACAAUUCGGCUUCUACCAAGGCAUCGGCUCCCUCCUCCCUCACAGCAACCUCAACUCCGCCACAAGCCGAGCCUGGUACUUCCGAGGCCAGAUCAGCUCCCGCCAACCCGUCAACCACCCCUUCAGCCUCAAUUCCUUCUUUUGAAAGUGCAAAGACCUUUUGGAACAAAAUCGACAGCGGUAACAGCGGUAGUAAAAAGCGCAUUGCUCCUGUAUCCGUCCCCAAACCUGACGUGGCCUCCAUUUCCUCCAAGGGCACCACGGCUCCCAAAGCCCCAAAGACGUCUCAGAUUCCAAAAGCUUCAUUCAACGCAAUCAAGACCUUUUGGGCUCAAUUGGAGAUGAGUGAUGACGGUAGCUGUGCAGCUCAGACACCAAAGAGGCAGAGCCAGAAAAGCUGCCACCUUGUCGAUAUCGACAGUAGUCCUUUUAUCUCGACCCCGGCCUCCAACCUCGGAAGAGAGUGA